AUUGUGACGACCAGUCGCAUUGAGAUGCAGGGAGUCAACGAUGCCAAUCCAUUCAACAACAAUCCGCUCAAACCGGGUAUUCCCGUGCAAAUCAUGAGGGGAAGAGUGUUGGAAGAUGGGUUGGCCACAUUGAACAAACUGGGACGCAAUCUGCGACAACGAAUCAAUGUGCAGUACUUGAACGAAGCAGGGGCGCGAGAGAGUGGUGUCGAUGCCGGCGGAUUGUUCAAGGAGUUUUGGACGGAUUUGUGUGCCAUUGCCUUCAAUCCCAACUAUGCUCUCUUUCGCGUCACAGAAGACGAACAAAACUGCUUGUACCCCAAUCCGUUGUCUGGUUCCGCGCAUGGUGCGGAAACCCACAUUGUUCUCUUUGAGUUUCUGGGCCGCAUUCUUGGCAAGGCUCUCUACGAAGGCAUUACAAUCAGCCCACAGUUCUCCCACUUUUUCCUUUCGUUUCUUCGGGGCGACUACAACUAUCUGCACAUGCUACCCGAUUUGGGCUCUGUGGAUAAGCAGUUGUACACUAAUCUCAUGUUCUUGAAGACAUACGACGGCGACGCCGAGGAUCUUUGCUUGACAUUCUCGGUUGCCGUGGAUGAGUUUGGUGGAAACAAGCAGAUUCCUCUCAUACCCAAUGGUGGCAACAAGGAAGUCACGAAUUCCAACAAACAACACUACAUUGGCUUGGUGGCCAAGUAUUAUGUUGUGGACAGAGUAAAGGAGCAAUCAGAAGCCUUCACUCGGGGUCUGUGGGAUGUCAUUGACAAGUCAUGGCUACGGCUCUUUAACGAGCCAGAACUGCAGGUUUUGAUCAGUGGCGCUACAGGGGGUGCCCUCGAUGUUGAGGAUAUGCGGGCCCACUCACGUUACAUUGGUGGCUACACGGGCAUUGAAACGACUAUUCGUCGCUUCUGGAGCGUCGUGGCAUCGUUGAACACGAAGCAACAAGCAGACUUGUUGCGUUUUGUAACCAGCUGCGAACGUCCUCCUCCACUUGGCUUUGCCAGCAUGAACCCUCCUUUUACCAUUCAACGCGUGGGGAUCAUGCGAGAUGGUGACCUCUUGCCAACAGCCUCCACCUGUUUCAAUACCUUGAAGCUCCCAACCUACAGCAGCGAAAAGGUUAUGAAGCAGCGGCUGAUAUAUGCCAUUGAGGCUGGGGCAGGAUUUGAGCUAACUUAA